AUGCACUAUGGUUUUGUGUUGAUAAUGAAUAAUGAAGUAUGGGAUGACAUUAAGAAGCAGGCCACAAAUAUGUUUGAUAAAAUAUCUAAAGAUAGCACAAAUGUGCCAAGUUAUUGCAGUAAACUUUCAAAUGAUGAUAGUAGAAUAGUCACUGAUCCAGAGGAAAAAGCAUGCCAAUACAUUACAGCAGGAUUAGAGUACAUUUACGGUAUUCAGGAAAAUGGGGACGAAGCACACAGGAAAGACAACAGAGAAUUCAAACAAACUAUGUUAUGCGCUGUACUGAACGCCUAUGCAAAUAAAUUGAAGGAGGAGGUUACAUCUCCCUGUACAGUCGGGGAAGGUACAAUAACACAAGCAUUUGGGAUUGGAAAUGGAAAGAUGAGUGCUUGGUGUAAGGAUGAGAAUAAGAAUGGUCCAUGUAUAGAGUGCAAGAGGGCAGCCAAUCUAGAGUGUGAAGUGGGCGAUAAGAAGAAAGAAGAAGUGAAGGAAAAGUUGAAGACAAUGCUCGGGAACGAUGCCAACAUAACACAAACUGUGACUGAUAUAAAUAAUAUAAGUAAGAACUCCUUAUGUCAACGCGCCCAAUGUGUAAUAACACAAAGGACCAGGGAAAAAAGGGAAGAGCGCAAAAGGGAAAAGAGGGGCCAAGAAAAGGUGUGGGAGAGUGAAGCAUGGAAUGACGCUAAGGGUGACGUACUGAAAGAUCUGUCUAAGGCGAUGAACAAUGGGAAUGAGACAGACGAAGAAGAGUGUAAGAGCAUUAAUGGAGAGAGUGGUAUACCAUCGGACGCAGAAAAAAAGGCAUGCUCGUACAUUGUUAAGGGUUUAAAACAUAUAUACAACACUCAAGAGGAGGGAACUGGUAGGAAGGAUACCAAGGAAAAUAAUAGACUAUUUAAACAAACUAUGGCCUGUCUAAUAUUAAAUGAAUAUGGAAAACUUCUUAAGGAGAAAUCCUGCAUAACAGAGGACACUAUAAAAAAAGCGUUCAAUGUUGGACAAGGUAUUAAGGAAAAAGCUUGCACAGAACAACCCUGUGAAGAGUGUAAAUGGGACAUUUGUAAAGAUUUUAAAAUUGGACAGACGGACACUCAACGGGAUGAAAUAAAGAAAAAGCUCCUAGAGAAGAACGAAAUACAACAAACGUUCACUACCAUACAUAAUGCAAGCAGUUUAUGUGAACGUGUUAAAUGCGUAACAGAAAAAUGGUUCCCAAACAGACAUCGUCAGCAGAAAGAUGCAAGUAAUUGGGAUGGAUCCAGAGGUUAUUGGGGUGAUGUUAAAAAGAGAUUGAACGAACUGUCCAGUGCUAUAACAGGAAAGAAAGAAAGUGUCGAAAUUUUAUGUGAGAAUAUUAAGGAUGGAAAUAGUACAUUUGUAGGAGCAAGCAAACAGGCUUGUGCAUUCAUUGUUAAGGGUUUAGAACAUAUAUAUAAAUUUCAAAAGGGAACUGCCACGACGGAACAGAUGGCUCUGGACAACCAAAUAUUCCAUAGAACUAUAUAUUGUGUCCUGCUCAAUGCAUUCGCAGAUGAAUUGAUAGAGAAAACAGCGGGACACAUGUGUCCUAUCACAGAGGAAAUAAUAAGUGAAAUGUUUAAGAAAGGCAAUGAUAAGAAGGAUAAUUGGUGUAAGGAUAAUAAGGAAGGUAAAGACAUGAAAUGUGAAGUGUGUGAAAGGGUACCCAAACUGAAUUGUGAUAUAUCCGGAGGCACAAACAAGUACGAUGUAAAAAACAAAGUAGAUGAACUGUUCGAAGGGAAUGAUGGUGCCCAAAUAAGGGACUCCCUGUCUAUUAUAAGUUCUCUAAAUGAUACCUUAUGUGCACGUGCAAAUUGUGUAACAAUUAAUUGGUUUAAGGACAGAAAGGACGGAGAUAACAAGCAAAACUGGUGCACAUAUUGGGAUACGGACUUCAAGAAGAGGCUGAAUGAACUAUCUAAAGCUAUGACUGAAACGAUUGGGGAAGAGGAAGAACUAUGUGGGAAUAUUGGAACGGGAGGUGCUACAUCUUCAGAUGCAGAAAAAAAAGCAUGUAAGCUUAUUACUGCAGGAUUAAAACAUAUUUAUGAAAUUCGGAAGACUGCAGUAACAGACUCAGGGAAGAAACCAAAGGAAGAAAAGAAGGCUGUUCAUAAUGUGCAGUUUGAGCAAGUUAUGAAGUGCAUUCUACUUAAUCAAUACGCAAAUAAAAUAACGCAAAAAUGUCCGGCGGUGCAGGAAGAUAAAAUAAGAGAAAUGUUUCAGAAAGGAAAUGAAAAGAUGAGUACUUGGUGUACGGGUAAGGGUCCGCAUGGUACAGGUGAUUGUAUAAAGUGUGAAAGGGAUAUAGGCUAUAAAGUCUGCACACUAAACGUAUCGAAUGAUCUGUGGGAUGAAGGAAAAAGUAAAAAGUGCGACAUAGGCAAAGACAGUAACGGAGCCCAGAUAGGAACCAAGGUGGAGAAAGUGUACAAGGAGGAGGAAAAAGACACAGCCGGCAGGCCGGAAAUAAAUAAAACUGUAGAAGCAAUAAAUACUAUAUGUCCAAAACCACCUAUAGACCCAUCCGAACCACAAGCUGCCAAACCAGCUGCCACUAAACCACCAGCAACCACACCAGAAUCAACUCCAAGUUCAAACGGAUUAGGUAGGAGUGAAACUUCACAAAAUAGUCCAGGUAAGCCUGCAACUCCAAAGUGUGAUGGUAAUGAAGUGAAAGGUGAUGCUGAAGCAGCUAUGAAAUGUAUUAACCUGGACGAUGAUAAUAAUGUCAAAACGUGUGUCGGUACUGAUUGUAACUUGAAGGAUGAUAUCCUGAAAAAAGGAACAUUCUCCAGCACUGGAAUCGCUGCAACCACAAAUGUUGCUGAUGCAACCACUUCUGUCAUUUCAGUCUCCGGGUUCCUCCGGACCUGGCUCUACUGGAACAGCAGAGCCCCAAACUCCAAGCACAGGAACAGACACUCAAACACCUUCCGGCUCAACAGUCACUCCUCAAGUUCCAGGUAA